GUGACUGGUUGCCUCCUCUCACUUUGUCCAGGAAAGGGCAGCGGGAUAUAUGCUGAGGAAGUCCACAAGAAGCAGACAGUUCGACCACCAUGGAGGUCCUGGUCCUGGUUGACUUUGAGGGCCAGCUGAGCGACGAGUUGAAGAUCAAGGCCGGUGACAUAAUCUGCAAGGUGCAUGCAGGCGCUGAAGAAGGAUGGCUCCAGGGUGAACUGGAGGGCCGGACGGGGUUCUUCCCUCAGCAGUUUGCGCAGGAAAUUCCAGCAAGUCUCCGAGCGGAUGGCUCCCAGCGAUGUCCCCGAUCCAUCCGUACUGUCCAUGCUGUGAAGAAGCAGCCGAAGCAGCGCUGGUGCCAAGUCACCUUCCCUUACUCCCCCGCCAAGGAAGAUGAGCUGGCAUUGUGCCCCGGAGAGCUGGUGCAGAUCUUGGAGGAGAUUGAGGAUGGCUGGUGCCUAGGCAAGAAGAGCGGGCAGCUGGGAGCCUUCCCCUCCAACUUUGUGCAAGAGCUGGGCAGCCUUCCUCCAGGUCCAAUUUUCCCAGACCCCAAAUUGGGGGCAGCAAAACAACGGCCGAAGAUGACAAACAAGACGUUUCUGCUGAAUGCAGCUGAGGCUGAGAAGCUGGAGAUGGUGACAGAGAAGCUCGUACCUCCGAUCAAAGGAGGCCCUAGGCCAGCGAGUAACAGCCCAGAUCCACAAGAGGCCUUGCAUAAAACCCCUGCAGGUGAAUCACCGCAGUACUGCCGAGUCAUGUUUGAUUACGAGCCCCAGCAUGAAGAUGAGCUGCCACUCAAGAAGGGUGACUUGGUUCUUUUGCUGAGCAAGGACACCUUGGAUGAGGGUUGGUGGGAAGGGGAGAUCCGUGGCAAGAGAGGCAUCUUCCCUGAUAACUUUGUCAUGCCUUUGACCCAAGUGCCCCCAGGGGUCAAAUCCAAAGUGCCGAUCAGGAGCAAAGACUCUGCCAUCAAGUCAGCAAAGAAGCUGUUCCAAGGCAAUAAAGUGGACACAAGACACCUCGGAGACCACAAAGGUGAAAAGGAAAAGAUGUUCAAAUAUAAUUAUGAAAUGAUGUGGCAGAAAAUUGAGAAGCAACUAAAAGAAUGGGAAUCUUCAGGCAUUGCUGUUUCCUCCACGUCAACCCCUGUGAGGAAAAGCGAACCUAGUGGGACAGAAACAUCUCCUUUUGAUGCCGUCUUUGUUCCCAAUGGCAAACUGAGCCACCCAACAACUGACCGCCCCAGAAGGCCUGGGAAGAGGCCUCCCAGCCAGCUGCCAGCAGAUUCAGUGGUGCAGGAGCCACCUUUAUCCAUCCGAGAAGAGUCUCUGGCCCCAGCCAGUGAAAUGCCUCAAAUGGAGGACCAUCAGACAUCCCUGGAGGAUGUCAAGAUGGAGCUCAGCUCGCUGAAGACCCUCAUGGAGCUGCUGCGUUCUCAGCAUCGGAGUGAAAUGGAAGAACUGAAGAAGCAGCUUGGUCAGGAACAGUCUAAGAGGGCAGCCCUGGAGGCUGAGAUCGAGCAGCUGAAGCAUUCCCUUGUCCAUGACUGUAGGGCCGUGAUCUCCAGGGAUGGAGCCCCAGUCCUUGGUGCUGCCUCACCGGUGCAGAACUAAUGGCUGCCUGCAUUCUCCCCCCAAGCAGUGCUGAGGGUAGUGGCUUUGUUCUCCCUUGGCCUGGAACUGCUGGGGAAGGAUCCUGUCUUCUGUUCUGCAAAGUCUAGGGUUGGGUCUUCCUCCUGUCCCCGAUCAAUUUUGUUGGGGUCCCAGUGUGAACUGCAAGGCCCAGUGCCAUUCUCUUUCCCUAACUGAGCUAUUUUGCUUCAUUUGGGCUUGCAGGGUACUGAGAGCACUUAUCUUGCCCCCUGGGAUGGCCUGAGGGUGGGGUUGGCCUUGGCCCGGCACAGUUGUGAUUAAAGUGCCCAGGCGAGUCUUGCAGGCUGGUGCAGCUGGGAUUGGUUUCAUCUUCCCCUUGCUGCUGCCUGAAAUUUCUCCCUUCUUGAGCAGGCAUCUGCCCACAGGCUCAGAUUUGUCAGUCAGUUUGACACGAGGAAGGCAGGCCAAGAAGCCAUUGUACAUGUGGUGCAUGGGAAGAUAUUAAACUGAUUUCAUUUGUGGUUUUCCUAGACACUUUUUGCCAGUAUACUUAUUUAGAGGAAGCUGUUAGAAUCCACAUAUUUGUUUUUGGUGGGAAGCCACAGCGGUUAAAUUGUUCUACCCCCUGUCCAUUUUGGGGGUCCCCUUUUUGCCUUCUUCUACCAGGAAAUACUUGGUGAAAAUACCCAACUGCUGUUGUUUUUAGUGGUUAUAGUAUGGGGCGGGGGGAGGGGGGUGGUUGUUGGAAAUCAGGGAUGAAGAAACACGCCUUUUCCUAGGGUAGCUGCUGACGACGAGGCCAAGUGGCUGGAACUUGUUAUGCAUAGUUGCAACUUCCUCUUAUUUUAAAAUUAAAUAUUUUUAUAUUAAAAACA